ACACACACGUUACCCCUGCUGCAACAGCAGUGGGUACCUCUGUGGUGAACUAACAGCAAAGUGUUGCGCGGGAAGCCUCGAUUUAUACAUCAAGCAAAUACUUCUGCGGCAGAGACAGGAGGGAAGACUGUAUCAACAGCGAAAGUCGACCGGGAACCGUAGUCCUAUUCACCGAUUCCCUAAGUGAGGAAAGGGUAUCAGGAGCGGGGUCGCAAAUUGGCCUACAACCGGAGUUCUAUUCACCAAUUCUCUAUCUAGGUGAGAAAAGGGUUUCAGAAGCGGGGUCACGAAUCGGCAACCGGAGUCCUCUAUAUCAAUAGAAGGAGCGGGGCUGGAAAAAUCUCAGCGACAGAUAGCUGAGUAAUACACCAACAAAAAUACAAGACGAGAUCAUCAGGAUAAAACCAGAAAUGGAAGCAAAAUCGGAAACUGGAGGCGGAGGCAGCAUCUGGAGUGAUGGAUCCACAAACCUGGCCAACGUCAUCAGAGGACUCCCCAAGUUCGAUGGAACGAAACCAGAGGACUUCAACGACUGGAUGAAGAAAUUGGGUGUAGUCGUCGGCGUUACUCGGAGGGACAUCAUGCCACUUCUCAAGGGAAUGCGCAGGCCUGAUCCCUCGGACACCACCUUCGCCGCAUACGAGAGAGCAAACGAAGACCUCUACGCAAUCCUAUUCUGCCUCGUCGAACUGCCGGCUGCACAAACCGUACACAAGUACGAAGACGACACCGGCCUUAGCGGCGACGGACAGGCAGCGUUCGCGGAACUGAAGGCCAACUACAAUCGAGUGACAGAUGAAGUGAUCAGGGCUAAACUGGACGACCUGGAAAGGACGGUCAUGGAGCCAGGAGAGAACCCGGACGAUUUUUUCAACAAGAAACACCGCCUCCGCUCUCAACUAGAGAAAAUGGGGGAAACCAUCUCCGAUCGCCGCUUCAAGGACAUCUGUGUGCAAGGUUUGUCCGAGGACUGCAAGGACAUCAAGUUGAUGGUUUUCCUCGACCCAUCAUUCGACGUACAACAGAUGCAAGCCACCGUGCGCAACAUCUUCCUUGACGAGCAGAUGCGCAAGGGAACCAAGGGCCAAAUCGCUGGCCGCGGAUUCGCCAUGGCUACCAAGACAUCUGGCCCCAUCUGCUUCGAGUGCAACGAACCGGGACAUGUCAGGAGGAACUGUCCCAAUCGCCAGCGGGAGGGCCAUAGGGCAAAGAAGACGAAGCCUGCGGGAGCAACCAAGUGGUGCUCCGUCCAUAACACCACUACACACUCCGACGAAGAACGUUACAGCCAAGGAGCCAAAGACAUACAAGCCAAGCCUACCACAACAGAAAUUCCCAAAGAAACAGAGAAGACCGAAAAGGCAGAGAUCGACUUCUCUUACGAUGAAGACGCAUUCGAGGGUGGAUUCAUGUACCAUGCUACAUGCAGCAAGGGAAGCGGACGCACUUUCACGACAACUGCAACUGGGACUUCCGCGCUGGUGGAUUCUGGAGCUUCUGAAACCAUGUUCGACGACCGCCUCAUCCCGAAUGGACGUCUCGAAGAAGAACGCCCGACGCCCAAGAUCAUCGACGUUGCAGGAGAAAGCCAACUACGAGGCACUACCACUGGGAUCCUACACUGCACCAUCGAAGACGACAAAGAACAGCAACUACCCGUCAAACUACAAGGUCUCAUCGUGCCAGGACUAGGCCGGAACAUCUUCGCACCAACGGCCCUUCUCAAGAAGGGCCUCCGAUGUGUCCUGGAAGACAAGACCCCACACCUCACCAUUGGCGGAGAAGUCGUCGUUCCUCUGAAACAAGAGACUCAAGAUCAAGGCAUGUGCAUCCUCGCCAUCACAUUCAAGGGCGAUCCAGCGUCGACAAGCAAGACACCCCCGAACAACCAAGAACCAGGGCGGAAGCCGAAGUUCGGAAAACCAGAAGCGGUACAGAUCGAUCACACUCCGCACGCGACAUGCUCAGUGGCGAUGAGCGUGAGCGCCGACCUCUGGCACCGGCGCCUCGGCCACAUCAAUCCACGUGCUAUGGAGAUUUUGCGGCGCAACCCCGCCACAGGUGUGAAAUAUGACGGACCUGUAUCCCCGUGCGACAANCCGGUUCAGAUCGAUCACACUCCGCACGCGACAUGCUCAAUGGCGAUGAGCGCGAGCGCCGACCUCUGGCACCGGCGCCUCGACCACAUCAAUCCAAGUGCUAUGGAGAUUUCGCGGCGCAACCCCGCUACAGGUGUGAAAUAUGACAGACCUGUAUCCCCGUGCGACAACUGCCACGUCACGAAGCACAAGAAGGCUCCCGUCCCGAAGAAGACCAGCCGUGUCCUGACCAAACCAGGCCAAGUCGUCCAGUUCGACAACAUGAGACCAAUCGACCCGCCUGCAUGGUGCAGCGGACGCACCUACUCCUACGUCGCCAAAGCGACCGACGUCUUUACCAGAAUGCGGGAAGUGUACCUACUGCGCGACAUGACGAAAACCACGCAAGCUCUGCACGCCUGCAACAUGCAAGUAGCAUCUGAAGGCUACCGCAUCGAGGUUCUACGCUGUGACAAAGGGGGAGAGAACACUGGGGAAGAAAUGCGCAACUACUGUAGGGAGUCUGCGAUCAAGCUGGAAUUCGCCGCGACCAACACGCCCCAAGAAAUCGGAGUGUCAGAAAGGGAUGGCCAGACACUUGCGGCUGUGACUCGAGCUCUACUGCGCGAUGGAGACUUCCCAAAACACAUGUGGGGGGAGCUCAUGAUGACUGCAGCAUACCUGACCAACAGGACCCCACACGCGGCGCUAGGGGGAGCCACGCCGUAUUCCAAGAUGUACAACACAACCCCCGACCUUUCUCGACUUCGUGCCAUCGGCGCCCGCGCGAUGUGAUGAACCUCACGUCAUUGCUCGGACGU